AUGUACCCACGUGGCUUUAACUAUAACAGGCCACCUUAUCCUGUGUCUGCACUCGAGUCGCACUGUCCUCCACCUCUAUCACACCCGCCUUAUGUUUAUAAUGCCCCUUCCCGUUAUACAUGCAGCUCAUAUCCCAGUACUGGUGCUUAUCCAGUGCAAAAUAGUUCGCCUUCUUAUGGUCGUAUGCCUCAGCCGCUGACGCAUUAUGAAGACCCAAGGUAUAUGGAGAUGGCACCACGAGACGAGGCAGUCAUUCCGCUGCAUCAUCUUCCACAACGACCGCAACACGGCAGCGCCAUGGACUUCUCAGAACACCCCAGACAAUCCAUGGAGGGAGCCUGUCAUUUGCUCCCGAGUUGCGAACAAGGUAAUGAGACUAUCUUAUUAUUGGUGUUCACAAAGAUCAACCCCUCGUUAAGUGUUAUGACUUCAAUUGAAGCACUUAGCACUUUGUUUGGCAUGCACUUAAAAUUACUUUCAGCGUUCAUCAGCUUUGCCAACAUAGCACUGACAACUGGCGAGUAAAUUCGUGGAGGUGUGAGCGAUGAAACGUUAAUUUUUUUGUGAAUUCACUUAACCCUAACGAUGGUUACUCUCAAACCCAUUUGUCGGAAUGCUAUACUAACACAUCAUAUAUGCAUGGAACUAGUCUACUAACUAAAAGCAAGUGUGCAUAGCAAGUAACUGAGUAAUCAGUAUUAUAAGGAAGUGAGAUUGAUUUCUAAUAGAAACGUUUACCUUAAAUUUGUCACUACAGUAGAUUACUGCCUUCAAAUUAAUAUUUCCUCUAAAUCCGUAAAACAAAAUAACUUUAACACCAAAGUAACUCAAUUUUAUCUUUCUGUGGUUUUCACGAAUCAGUUUCAUGUACAAAGUGUUCUCCCUAAGCUAAAAUGAUGAGCUUGGAUCUUCCUAAUCUGUUUGUACUGACAAAUGUUAGUGCUUCUUCAACUAGAUUAUCCAUGAGCAGUCAAUACACAUACUACUGCAUAUAAUGUACUGAUACGUAACGUAUCGUUCUAGUACACUUGAGUCUGUAUGUUAGUAAAUAGACAUUCUCUGGAACCGAUUUUAACCUCAAGAAGGACUUCAGCGAGGAACCUAACUAGAGCAAAAAUAUAGGCACUGUAAAUUUCAAACUGAUUCAACAACUCACCGGUAUGUUCUCAAUAACUUUCAAUCCCUCAGAUAACGGAAUAGUCUUGUAGAUCAGUUAUGAUAAGAACGUUUUAAAAUACAGCCGAUAUUUGUAAUCAUUUGUUUUGCCGUUCUUUUUUGAUAUUCGUGGUUAACCGCUAUCACUAAUAGCACGUUUGAAUUGGAGGAAUUCGUUCUGUUACUGCACAUCACUGAAAAAUCGAUCACUUCAAUGCUGAUAUUCUUUAUCGAGAGGCGAACUCUUUAUAACAGAUCAGCAUCUGUUUUUUCGGUCGGUUUUUACUGCUGGUUUUGGCAGUCAUAAUGUUUACAACUGCAUAAAACAAGUAAGAAAUUAUUAGCUUCAUUUAUAAAAUGCUUUGGACUCUAAGAGAGAUUCACAAUUAUUUAUCCGUGACUGCGUAUUAGCUGCGGAAGCCGAGUAGGCAAAGCUUUCAAAUAAUUUUGGUGAAAUUCCUUUAAACCUUUCAUAAACACACUCAUCUUUAUUGGGGAUAGUUUCUAAGUUUCCACUACUUUCGUUUAGCCCCCUAUCGCGAUGUUAAUUCUUCACGAUUAUCAAUUAAAGUCCGUUCUCAGUCCCAUUCAGUCUUUGCAGAGCUGAAUAAUUACAUACCCUGACUGUCAAGGAAGUUCUGGCAUGUAAUAGGCUGUUUGCAGGAUCUCUAAACAUUUGAGUAAAGAGUUCUAGUUCAGGUCAGUCGAAGCUGGUCAGGACAUAAAGGUAAUGAAUUUUUAUGUUCGAGCAAGUAAGUGAAAGUCUGCACCACGUAAACUAAAGGCUGCUUGGCUAGUCGCAGGCGCGCAGAACGCGAGGUCGUUGUGGUCGCAUCGAAAACUGUUUAGAUUCCAGAAAAAUUCUCAAGCCUUGGCUUUGAAAAGUCAUCUUUUCGUUUGUACAAUCAACACCCAUAACAAGCGGAGAUAAACCUUGAAGGUCUCAACUCCUAAAACGGUAAAAAUAUUACUUCAGAGGACAAUUCAGACACGGAAAUAAUUUUGCGGUACCAUGUUUUCCGGAUCGCCCUCAGUUAAGGAUCGAUUCGUCGCAUCUUCCAAGGAGUUGAACAAAAAACCUCAAAAGCCAAGGCUAGUUAAACGUAAGAAUAAAGACGGCAAAAUUAUUCAUUAUAUAUUUCGAUCUAGGACCAGAUUUUGAAUCUCUAGUCUUGCUGGUAAAGCUUGUAUAUCAGUAUCUCCAAAGGGCAUACUAGGCAAAACCACAAAGAGUGCGGACCUAAUCAUAUGGUUUUCAAGUCUUUGCGCUUGGUUUCCACAGUAAAAUUUCCCUCUUGCCUUAAUAAAUUCCCGACACCCUUGGAAAUAAACGGCUAAAAGACUGACUGACUUGAUCCAGUUUCCGACAUCUCUUCUUCGAUCAAGUCACUUCAGAUGCGCUCAGCGUAGUCUGUGCACCCCGCCUUCUUGAAUUAGGGCUUUCCACAGUGGAUUAUAGAUACUAUGGGAAAACUGGAGCUAUAAGAACAAAUCAUACGACACUCAUCUAGUGGCAAAACCGGGAGCAAAUAGUAGUAGAUUCUAUUUAAAAUAAGGGGAAAAGUAGGAACCUUCAGUUGAGACAAACCAUGACAAAACGUUCUCUGAGCCAUGCGACUCUCGUGGAACACAAAGUGCAAGACACUUGUGUGCAAGAUUUAAGACUCGGUUGUCGUAACUCUUAAUUGGGGAAUAUUUCCCGCAAACAGGAGUGAGCCUCAACUGUAUUCCGCUGCUGCUAGUAGCGGCCAACUGUUAAGCAAAACUACAGGGAAUCUGGCUUACGGCACACAGUGAUAGCGAAUGUGUGAUGGCAUUAGGAGGGUCCACUUCAGUUUAUUAAACUGGCAUAAAAAACACAGCAUUGUUAGGUUGCUAAUGAAGCAUUUCGAAUAAUGCAAACUUCUUAAAGAGUCAAAAACUGCAAUUUCAUAUCUUUUUCUUUAGUAUCAGUUGAAAAAUACAUGUUCUACUUUGGUUGUUUUCAAUUUACUCUGACUGAAUUUAGGCGGGCUUAUUAAUAGGAAGAAGCGCCUGAAAUGAGCCAAAGGUACGACAUCCAUCUAGAGUGUAACAAUUUUCAAUGUUUCUUAUCGUUUUAUUCAUGUUUCAUAAGUUCUACAUGUGAUUUAACAAAUACAGAACAGGAAGUUUCUGGCAUGUAUAGCCAUUGGAAUAACCUACUACAAGGGUCUACAAGGGAAAGCGCCUCCAAAAAGUUUUAAGUCAAUUAGAAUUGUUUGGCAAAAUUCCGAGUUUUGGAAGCUUAACUUGCUUCGAAGGACUGACAAUUACAAUCAUGUAUGCAAUAAGGCCUGGCCUGGCAGUCUAGUGCCACUGAGUGUCUAGUAUAACUGAGUUUUUCAAACACCAGCAACACUAUUCUGAAGUACUUUUAGGAGAUGAAAAUGACCAAACUAAAUCUACCUAUAGCGAGCGUCGAUAUUCAGUACCUGUUUGAGCAGAAUUGAAGGGCACAUUUUUACAGAAGGGUCUUCUCGAAACUUCUUAAUGCAAAGAAUCUCUUAACCAUUAGACUUUUGCUGAACAGGGAAAGCAUUGUCACCACGGGUUAAAGAAUAAGUCUAAUUCCGAUGAACCGUUAUAUAUGAAGGGGAAUGAUGUCUGCAUAUGUUGAAGGUACCAAAGCUCAUUUAUUCAAUUUUUUUAAAGAUUUUGCUUCUUCAGAUAAUCGUCAGCACAGAAGACUUAUGAAGCUUCAUUCUAUUCUUUUAUGCCUGCACGAUGAAUUAUGGAUGCUUUACGCUCCGCCGUCAAAACUGAAAGAGUCAGAAUUUCGGCCACACUUAAAAGCCACACUCCUCUCAAAACCGCACCAAAGAUUUCAACCAAGGUCGGCUAGGUCCGCUUUGUGAGUAAAAUAUACAGUAUUACAGGAAAGUAAUGCUCAGUAGCCUUCACUUAAAUGCCGUUGCACUUUCGGAUUUCAUCCACAGACUCAAAAGUUAAAACCAACUCGUACAGCAUAAUAAAGAGUACCAAAGGAAAGUACUGCUCAGUAGCUUUCAUUUGAAUGGUCACACUUUAAGAUUUAAUGCAAGACUCAAAGGUUAGCCCCACUUUCUACAGUAUGAUAAACAUUACAACCUACUUUCGAAUUUAAUUCGUCAAGUCAGGACCAUUUUGCAGAAAAGCAGGAAAAUAAUCUCUCUGGGGAAAUAUCUUUUCAUACUAUAAAUGAACUUCAAAAACGUGAGUGUCGCCGGCUGCACAGUCAAGCUGGUGAAGAGCCAUGACUGAAUUUGGAAAACAUUUGGAGAACAUGUUUAGGUAUUCGGUUCUACUUACUGACGCCUAAUUAUUUUUGCAAACAUUUGUCCUUAAAAAAGAAGCGUUUCUCAAAAGACAUGUUGCGCAUAGUCGCAUCAUGAUAAAUAUGCGGUCAACCAAAGGAUUUUACUCUUUAAUGUAAUCCCUCUUUCGGCUCCUUUAGGGAUUUCCUAUCAGUAAUAUUUUGUUAACAGGAUUUAAGGUGUAUCUAAGUAAUAGAUUUUUCAGUCACUGAAAGGCUAAAUGCAGUUUGUAGAGCAUUAGAAAUUAUGAACGAAUGAGGGCGAUCGCAGUCCUAUGCACCCGAGAUGCACGAACGGGAUAAAGCCGUUGAAUUUUCCAAAUGAAAACUGUUUGUUGAAACAAUCGGUUAAAUUGGUUAGUUUUUAACCUCCUUGAAAAAAGGAGUCUUACGCCAUUUUCAAAUUUUAAUAUGGUUCUUUGCAAAACCCCCGUAACUAAGUGGUUUCGUGAGAUGACAUGGGCAAAAUUCAAAACGUCCCGGUCAAGCGUUUGAUCACUUUGUUUAUGGUUGAAAAUUCAUGAUAAGGACCCUUUGUCUAGGAAAUUUUGGAUUAGCCAUAUUCCUAACCCUUGAAGCUUUUUUUAAUUUGUUUGCUGUUUGUUCUAAGAGUGUUUCAUUUUUCGAGACAAAAGUCAAACUGAGAUAUUCAUGCACAUUUUGGUUUUUCUUUAUCCAGUUCUCGAAGCAGAGCACAGUGACCCAGUCGGCCACUAGAUCCUCCGUUGCGACGGUCCAACCUCAGGAAGUUUUUCCUUUUUCUCCAAGGCCGAAAUGAAAAUUACAGAUAAUUAUCAUAAUAAAUUAGUGUGUUAGACUUGCUGUAAAUCGAAUAAAAAUGGGUAAAUUCUCAAUUUUCGUUCAAAAUGCGUGAUUGACCAGCGAUUUAUUUUAAUAAAGCCUCAUAAUUAAAAAAAACUGAGAACUGGCUCGAUCGGUGGGUUGGCCUAAGUAAGUAGUAAGUAACUUUAUGUGAUAAAAUUCAUCAUUGGGUCUCGGUCGUCGCAAUCCGAACUUUGUAACAGUCACACGGUUACCCGCAACUUGUAAUAGGAAGCAAUAUUCGCUGGUAACCCGGCGGAACUCGACUUUUCGAAUUUCUUUAAAUACAUAUUAUCUGCGGAUCAUUUGAGCAUAUGUUGGUAAGUUUUUUUGAAAAAACCGAGGUUUUGUUCUUUAAUUGGAAAGGUUUUUUUACUGCCACAAUUUUACCUAAAAGUAAAUACAUCUUGGGAAAUGAAAUAAUUGAACGUCUCAUUUGCUGGGAAAUAAACUGUGUUUUUUUACACACUUUUAAUCAAUUUUGUUGCUUUUGCAGCUGCGAAAACCGGAAAAUCCGGCGGAAAGAAAAGAAAAGAAAGAACAGCCUUUACCAAGCAUCAAAUUCAAGAAUUGGAAAACGAAUUUCAGAGAAAUAAUUACUUAACCAGGCUCAGAAGAUACGAGAUCGCCGUGAGUUUAGACUUGACAGAAAGACAGGUCAAAGUUUGGUUUCAAAACCGCCGAAUGAAAUGGAAACGCGUGAAAGGAAAAAGAUUGGAAAAGAAACCCUCGACAAAUCGACUGAGCUCAAGUUCCGAUGAGGAUAAAGCGAAGGAAAUUCAUAUGUAG